AUGCAGACCUCGAAUGCGCAUGAUAUGGAAAGUGAAGUGACGCCAGACGCAAAUGCUUCUAGCAAACAACCAGUAACCUCAACAACACCAGAAAGCUCGUCCAGAGUGCCAGUACAGGAGGCUGAUCCACUAGAACUACACAAGUUGUCUUUAAGCUAUGACUACUUGAUGUUCAAAAUCAAGGACUACAUAAAGACAUUGACUGACCAAACUUAUGAAUCUGUGCUUCAGAAACAAGAUCAUAUUAACCAUGAUUAUUUUGAGAACCAAUUGAAUCUACCAAUACAAUACGAAGAAAUUGACAAGUUACUCAAAACUUGCAAUGAACUAGAACAGGAGUUUAUGAAAAUUGACCAGCUUGAGAUGUUUGCGCAUGAUUUCAAGCAAAGACUUGAUGCGAUAGAGAAAGGAUUUGGUAAAAAGUCGUAG